CGAAUAGAUUCGAAUCAUCGAGAGGCGAUGUUGUACUAGUAACCAGAUUUUUUACAUUGAGAAGUACGACAGUGAUCACGAUCACACUGACAAAAGGAAAAGACUCCAUAGGUAGACAAAGAUUCCUGGUGAGAAAGUAAAUCUAAAUUUUGAAAUACAUGAUAGAAGUGAAUCCUCUGAAGAUUUCAAGAAGUUCACGUCGGUGUCUCGGUUACGGUCGAGCGGCGAGCGUCAACUGUAUCUAGAGAGCCCACUGUUCCACGACAACAAAACUCAAGUUAUAUUAACUCACCUUUUUCAUGUCACUAAGGAAAGCAACCCCUCGAAGAUCGAUAUGGUCUGAAAAACUUGAUCAGUCUUUAUUUUUGAGCCCUGCUUCGUUGGUUUCAAAAAGGGUGAAUUAUGCUCGUGAUUAUUGUCAUCUUGUCGGAAUAUCAUCAAACAGGAAAGGGGGCGGGGAAAUUUUAAUUAAUUGUUCCGUGGUGUUGGUGUUUAUACGGAGGUUUUUUAUUCACACGGACAGAGGGCCAUUCAUUACGCAAAUUAAUGUUUUUUAUGCGUCUCCAUGCUAUGAUAAGUUUUUCUGUGUAAUCAAAACAAGGCACAUUUGGUGUACUGGUAUAUACAUAGUGAUUCUGAUUUUGCACGUUUCAACAGUCCGCUCCACAAAAGGAUGUCCGUUCCACAAAAUGACGCAAGCACAUCACUUUGUUAAUGCAGAAAGCCAACGCUAGUGCGUCAUUCAGUUUUAGAAAAAGGCGAGCUUGUGCAGAAGUGUGAGGCGAACAACGAAAGACGCCUGCUGACUUCAACAUGCAACUCUGAAAAGCGACCUGUGAUAUAAACUGCGAUAGGUAUCGCUGGUGUUCGAUCCAUCUGAAGAUCUUCGCACUUACGACACUAGAGCGAACAAACAAACUUCACUUCGCUUCGCUAAAAACAGGAAUUGUGCUGCGCGAUUUGCUUAUCAUUACAGCAUCUUCAAACCGCAGCAUCAAACAAAGAUGGGUCGCGGUGGUCGGGACAGUCGGAGGCGAUCGCGGGGUC